AUGGUGGCAGAACGUGUGAACCAUGUGAAGAUUUUGGACUGUGAAGCAAUGCAAGCCAUUGGUGUACACCUACGGGAGCAUCCUGGGAAGAGUGAGUGCCCUCAUACACCUGGAAUGUGGCUGACAGUGGAAGCCUUGGAGCUCAGGUCUGUGGACCUGCAGAGCCCGAGGAACAACAAGGAGCAUCACACACAGGAGAUGGGCCUGAAGCGGCUCAUUGGGCGGCGGGGCCAGCCCUUUGGGCUCCAACUACAUUUCAACAGACCCUUCCACUUUGGGACAGACUACCUCACCUUUGUGGCUGAGACUGGACCGGCGUCCAUGGAGUUGCUGGGAACCCGAGCCACCUUCCCCCUCACCCAGGCUCGAAAAGGCAAUGUCUGGAGCGCUUUUGACUUCACCGUUGACACCAACUCACUCUUAGUCUCCCUUUUGACACCAGCCAAUGCAGUCAUUGGUCCCUACACUCUGAAGAUAGAGAUUUCUCAGGGCCAGGGUUACAGUGUGGUUCACCCACUGGGGACUUUCAUCCUGCUUUUUAACCCUUGGAAUACAGAGGAUGAUGUCUACCUGCCAAGUGAAAUACUGCUGCAGGAGUAUAUCAUGAUGGACUAUGGCUUUGUUUACAACGGUCAUGACAGAUUCAUCACUGUCUGGCCCUGGAACUACGGGCAGUUUGAAGAGGACAUCAUAGAUAUCUGCUUCGAGAUCUUGAACAAGAGCCUGUACAUCUUAGAGAACCCGUCCAGAGGCUACUCCCAGCGGAAUGACCCGGUGUACUUCUGCAGGGUGGUGAGCACCAUGAUCAACAGCAAUGAUGACAGUGGUGUACUACAGGGGAACUGGGGAGAGGACUACUCCCAAGGGGUCAGCCCGCUGGAGUGGAACGGCAGCGUAGCCAUCCUGCGGCAGUGGUCAGCCAGGGGCAGGCAGCCUGUGAAGUAUGGGCAGUGCUGGGUCUUUGCAGCUGUUAUGUGCACAGUAAUGAGAUGUUUAGGUGUUCCAACUCGUGUGGUUUCCAAUUUUCGUUCCGCACACAACAUGGAUGGGAACUUAACCAUCGACACCUACUAUGACCAAAAUGCAGAGAUUCUGUCAACUCGGAAGCGAGACAAAAUAUGGAAUUUCCAUGUCUGGAACGAGUGCUGGAUGAUCCGGAAAGAUCUCCCACCGGGAUACAAUGGUUGGCAGGUUCUGGACCCCACUCCCCAGCAAACCAGCAGUGGGCUGUUCUGCUGCGGCCCUGCCUCUGUGAAGGCCAUCAGGGAAGGGGAGGUCCACCUGCCCUAUGACACCCCAUUUGCGUAUGCCAAGGUGAAUGCUGAUGAAGUCAUUUGGCUCUUCGGGGAUGGUCAGGCCCAGGAAAUCCUCGUCCAUAACACCAGUUCCAUUGGGAAGGAAAUCACCCAGAUGGUAGGGUCAGAUCAGCGCCAGAACAUUACCAGCUCCUACAGGUAUCCAGAAGGAUCCCCUGAGAAGCAAUCUGUGUUCAUGAAAGCUUCCUGGAAAAUGCUGGACCCAAGAAGGGCCUCUUCUCCCUUCCUAGAUCUGCUGGGCUCCAGGGGCUCUGAGGCCCAGCCCGCGCAGCUGCAGCUUCACCUGGCUAGGACCCCCGAGUGGGGCCAGGACCUGAUGCUGAGGCUGCGUGCCCGGAGGGUGCCAGACAGAGUCCACCCCCAGGGUCCCAUCAGACUGGUGGUGCACUUCAGCGCACAGGCCCUGUUGCACCAGGGUGACACCAGGGAGCCCCUCUGGAGGCAAAUAGUGCACUUGAACCUGGACUUUGGGAAGGAGAUACAGUGGCCGCUCUUGCUAUCCUACGAUAAUUAUAGAAACAAGCUGACAGAUGAGAAGCUGAUCCGGGUGUCUGGCAUUGCCAAGGUGGAGAAUACGGGGAGGUCCAUGCUGGUCCUAAAAGAUAUCUCUCUGGAGCCUCCCCACUUAUCUAUUGAGGUGUCUAAAAGGGCUGAGGUGGGCAAGGCACUGAGGGUCCACAUCACCCUCACCAAUAUCCUAAUGGUGGCUCUGAGUAACUGCACGAUGGUGCUGGAGGGAAGUGGCCUCAUCGAUGGGCAGAUAUCAAAGAACAUUGGGACUCUGGCACCUGGACAUACCAUCCAAAUUCAAGUGGACCUCUACCCCAACAAAACUGGCCCCCACCAGCUCCAAGUCCUCAGCAGCAGCAAUGAGAUCAAGGAGAUCAAGGGCUACAAAGACAUCUUUGUUGCUGCCUCCAGGGCUUCUUGAGCCCCCACCCCACCCCCUUGGCCUCCCAAUCCCCCAGCCCCUCCCCUCCCCCUACUCCUGAUGCCCUUCCAGCCCCCUUGUAGCCUCACCUUGGUCUUUCCUACUCCUGAAGGUGUAAUGUUAUCUUUGUUCCUUCUCUGUCCUCUUUCCGCCUGCCUGGGGGUGAAUGGA